UAUGAAUACUCGCAACAACAACCGUAAUCUUCAACCAUCCCCGCAGCCUUCUCCGCCCCGGCAACACCAGGCCCCUCCGGCCAUGGACCUUACCCAGCUUAUCAUUCAGUUCCAGAGGAUGAAUGCAUCAACCUUUGCAGGGACUGAGAACCCCACAGCUGUGCUUGAAUGGAUCAAAGAACUGGACAAGAUCUUCGUUGUACUUCCCCUCCCUGACCGUCAGCGAGUGUCCCUUGCAGCAUAUCAGAUGAAGGAGGACGCUUCCGACUGGUGGAUUGACCACUGGGCUCCGAAGCCGGAGGCAGAACUUCAGGCUCUCUCUUGGGAGCAAAUGAAGAUGAUGGUGCGAAGCAAGUUUCUUCCCCAGAGCUUUUGGGACAGAAUGGAGCAUGAGUUCUACCACUUGCAGCAGGGCAGUUCCACGGUGGAUGAGUAUGUCUGUACCUUCACCCGCAUGUGCCUUUUCGUGGGCGACGCUGUGAACACCGAUGCCAAGAAGGCCCGCAAGUUCCUUAAGGGGCUAAACCAGAGGAUCCGUGAGCUGGUGGGAAGCCAUGGACAGAUGUCUUAUGCAGAUACCGUGAGUCAGGCUCAGGAGGUCGAGAGCUGUCUCAUUCCAUUGACUCCAGUUCCUUCUUUUUAUCAUGCUUCCCAGCCGUCUCAGACUGUGGUCCAGUAUGCUCAACCUAUUUUCUCGGCACCGCCCGGCUCUAUCUCGGGUAAGAGAAGGGCAGAUUCCCACCGGGAUAACCGGAAGGGAAAGCGAGGAGGUCCAGACCGGCGCAAUCAUCCCUCUUCUGGCAACCGCACCUGCAAGAAAUGUGGCAAGUACCAUAGUGGCGAGUGCUUAGCCGACCAGCGAUCCUGUUUCAACUGCAACCGUCCGGGUCAUUAUGCCAGUGUCUGCCCGGAGCCCAAGAGGCAGCAGCA